AUGCCGACUCAAGAAGCUCCCGCAAUUGCAAAGCCUCAUUAUCAAGAAGUUGAACAUGAGAAGUUACAUGAUGCCGCAGAACGUGGACAAGCAGCAACAGACGAGCAUGGGCAGUCUCUUGUACAGCUAGAUCCGAAGGCUGAAGCGAGGCUUCGUUGGAAGCUCGACCUCUAUUUGCUUCCAUCAGUUGCCCUAUUGUACCUCUUCUGUUUCAUUGACAGAGCAAAUAUUGGAAAUGCCCGCCUUGCAGGAUUUGAGAAAGAUCUCGGCCUGAUUGGCUACGAUUACAAUACCGUUUUAUCUAUAUUUUACGUGUCAUACAUUAUCCUCGAAAUUCCUAGCAAUAUUCUAUGCAAGUGGAUGGGACCAGGAUGGUUUAUCCCAGCUUCAUCUCUAGGCUUUGGCCUUUGCUCCAUUUUUACUGCUCUCGUCCACAACAAAGCUCAAGCUUGCGCGGUGCGCUUUUUUCUUGGAGCAUUUGAGACUGGCUUAUUACCAGGCAUAGCUUAUUACUUGAGUCGUUGGUAUCGCAGGUCUGAGCUGGCUUUUCGGCUGGCCAUGUAUCUUGUCAUGGCACCCUUAGCCGGGGCCUUCGGCGGACUUCUCGCAUCUGCCAUUCUAAAGCUACCCCAUUUUGGCGGAUUCACAACUUGGCGCAUGAUCUUCGCCAUUGAGGGUGUUGUCACCGUUGGUUUAUCGAUCAUCUCAUUUUUCACCAUUACGGAUCGCCCCUCAACGGCACGCUGGUUAAGCCAAGACGAACGAGAUCUUUGCAUCGCUCGAAUCAAGUCUGAACGUGUGGGAACCACGACUCUUCUCGACAAAAUGGACAAAAAGAAAAUGCUUCGCGGAAUCAAGAAUCCAAUGACGAUAUCCACCGCAAUUAUCUUUCUUUUUGUUAACAUCACAGUACAGGGACUUGCUUUCUUUACUCCAACGGUAGUGCAGACGAUCUACCCUCACAAGAGUGUCAUCUCUCAACAACUCUAUACAGUACCUCCAUACAUCGUCGGGGCAUUUUUUACCGUUGUGUUCCCUCUUCUCAGUUGGCGAAUAGACCGUCGUCAAAUAAUCAUUGCUGCUAGUGCACCACUGGGGAUGGCCGGCUAUAUCAUGUUUUUGGCGAGUACCAAUCCAAGAGUCAGAUAUGGGGCAACGUUCUUGAUCACGAGCUCGGUCUUUGCCCUUGGGCCGAUGGUUAAUUCACAAGUGAGCGCCAACGUCGUUACGGAUUCCGCGAGAAGCAGCGCAAUUGGGUUUACAGUCAUGCUUGGCAAUAUUGGGGGUCUCAUAUCAACUUGGAGCUUUUUGCCCUUUGAUGCGCCCAACUUUCAUAUUGGCAAUGGUCUUAAUCUUGCUACUACAACAAUGGUCCUCAUAGUCAGUAGCAUUAUGUUAGCGUGGAUGAUUAGAGAUAACCGCAAACGAGAUAGCUGCAAUGUAGAAGAACAGUUGAGUGGUCUUUCUCCAGAGGAUAUUGAAGACCUUGACUGGAAGCAUCCAGGAUUUCGCUGGAGGCCAUAA